AUGGCUCGGCCCGGGCGGAGAGCAGCGUUUGUGGGUCGGGAAGCGAACCGGGCCGCGAGAGGAGCGGUGGGCCGAGCUUCAUCUUUCGUAUCCGUCUGUAUCUAUCGGUACCGGGGGUAUUUUAUAAGAACGGGGCCGGGGGGGUCGGGCGGUGCGCUGUCGGUGCUCUCGUUUCGUCCGGCCGUAGGUCCCCGCUCCCGCAAACCAAAGAAGAAGAACCCCAACAAGGAGGACAAGCGGCCCCGCACCGCCUUCACGGCCGAGCAGCUGCAGAGACUCAAGGCCGAGUUCCAGACGAACCGCUACCUGACGGAGCAGCGACGGCAGAGCUUGGCCCAGGAGCUCGGACUCAACGAGUCCCAGAUCAAGAUCUGGUUCCAGAACAAGAGAGCCAAGAUCAAGAAGGCGACGGGCAGCAAGAACUCGCUGGCGGUUCAUCUCAUGGCCCAGGGGCUCUACAACCACUCCACCACGGCGAAAGACGGCAACCCUGAUAGACACACGUUGUACAUAGUAGUGUAA